CUCACGUAGCGCCACAUUCUGUUCAGGUCUCAAGUGUUGAGCUGCGUUCUUUCGUCUUUCGACGCAAUUGUUGAUUACUCGAAUCGCACUCAAGAUUCACAAGAAUAACGCGGAAAGUAUUUCGACUAGUGCUAGCGCAGAGAUAAGGCAAAGAUGGCAAUGGUGGAAGAGUGGGGAAACGAUGAUGUGGAUUUUUCGCAGUCAUUGAAUACAUCUAUGUUUGAGGAAGGUCAUGCUCCAAGUCGCGGCAAAGGACGUGGCACGAUUCUAUACGACAAUGACUCAAUUCGACAUGUGGGAGGAAACCAAUCCUACAAUGAAAAAACGGACGACCACCAGGAAAAUUAUGACGAUAAUACUCAGAAUGAAGAUUACGAGAAUAAUAGAUAUAAUGGUAAUAACGGCAAUAGAUUUGGAGGAAACAGUAGGCGACAAGGCAAUGAUAAGCCACGUUACGGAAAUAACAGAGGUGACGAUGAUGGAAAUGAUCGCAAGUGGCAAGGCAACAGAGAUAGAAACGAUAGUAGACGAAACAGGAACGACAACGGCGAAACUGAGGACAAUGGGUACGGCGGAAAUUACCAGAACGAUAAAAGGGACAGGCCAAGGAGAGAUAGAGAUGAUAAUAGAGGUGAAAGAGGUGAAAGAGGUGGAAGAGGUGGUUAUGGUAGAAACAGGGGUAACGGCGAUAGCGGUGGUUACAAUGAAAACGACAAUGAAGACAGAGGAGGACGCAGAAGGAACGGCGGUAAUUUUAAAGAAGACAACGACGAAGGUGAACCAAAAAAAAGAGAGAUUUACAUUCCGCCGGAGCAACCUGAUGACGAAAAUUCCCUGUUUGGAAAUGACGUGUCGAUGGGAAUAAACUUUGAUAGAUAUGAUGACAUUGAGGUAAAAGUAACUGGUGAGAAUGCACCACACCCAAUACGUGUUUUUGAUGAAGCCGGUUUGAGAAGUAUCCUGGUGGAAAAUAUUAAGAAAUCGGGCUAUAAAAAGCCUACUCCUGUCCAGAAAUACGCCAUUCCAAUUAUAAUGAACGGUCGUGAUUUAAUGGCUUGCGCACAAACAGGUUCUGGUAAAACUGCAGCAUUCGUAGUUCCUAUUAUACACACUCUAUUGGAAAAUCCUACAGAUUUAAUUAAAACGUCUACUUCCUGCGAACCACAAGUAAUUAUUGUAUCGCCUACACGUGAGCUUACCCGACAGAUUUAUGAACAAGCUAAGAAAUUUAGUUUAGGCUCAAUCUUGCGUGUUGAAAUGGCUUACGGAGGAACAUCAUGUAAUCAUCAAACAAAUAAGAUUCUUCAAGGUUGCCAUAUUCUAGUCGCCACUCCAGGCAGAUUGUUGGAUUUUAUUGGAAGAGAUAAGGUCAAACUCUCUUCUUUGCGAUUCUUUGUAUUGGAUGAGGCAGAUCGAAUGCUAGAUAUGGGCUUUCUACCUGAUAUCGAAAAGAUUGUGGACCAUGAAACAAUGGCACCUGUAGAAAAUAGACAGACACUUAUGUUCUCUGCCACUUUCCCGUGUGAAAUACAAGAAUUGGCAAGUCGAUUUUUGCGCAACUACUUAUUCCUCGCAGUUGGAAUUGUGGGUGGUGCGUGCGCUGAUGUAGAACAGAACUUCUAUCAAGCAUCUGGCCAGUCUGAGAAACGAAAAUUGUUGAAAGAACUGAUGGAGAAACAAAAUCAGAUGGGAAGUCUCGAAGGUACUUUAGUAUUUGUCGAGCAGAAGAGACAUACAGACUUUAUUGCUGCUUUCUUGUCCGAAAGUAACUUUCCGACGACUAGUAUACACGGCGACAGAUUGCAGAGAGAACGAGAAGAAGCUUUGGCCGAUUUUAAACGGGGCAAAAUGUCAAUCUUGGUAGCUACGGCAGUUGCCGCGCGAGGCUUGGAUAUUAAAAAUGUUGCUCACGUAAUUAAUUUCGAUAUGCCAAAAACGAUCGAUGAAUAUGUUCAUAGAAUUGGACGAACAGGCCGAGUAGGAAAUCGUGGAAAAGCAACUUCAUUCUUUGAUUUAAAUACGGACAUGCCUCUUACUGGCGAUUUAGUUAAAAUUUUGAAGCAAGCUAAUCAACCAGUACCUGAUUGGCUGGGAUCUGGAGGCGGUAGCAGAACUUUCGCACCAGGAAGAUUCAACAAGUUCGGCGGAGAAGAUAUCAGAGGAAGUAAUAACGCAUAUGGUGAAACAUAUGAUGUCAUUGGUUCUGCGCCUCCUGUACAAGAAGAACCAGAGGAAAUGUGGUAGAUAGAGAGUGACUGAUACAUUGUUAUAGUUCAUAGAUAAACUAGUAAAGUCGUACAACAAUAGAAUAGGUCUUACUAAACUUACAUCUUUUACAUGGAUGAAUUAUCUAUGAAUUGGUGAUAAUUAAACAAUUUUUCAUAUUUCAUAA